AUUUCAGCCAGGACUAGGCAUGAAUAUUCUCAGGAAGGGGACUGGAUGGCGGUCAGCAUGCUGAUGCCCACGCGCUGGUCAGGCUUGCACAUCAGCACAUCGGCCGGCGGGCCUGCGGGCUUUCGUCUGAACACUCGCCCACCGGCAGGACUGCCACGCAGAGCACCAACGAGGGAGAAAGGAGAAGAAAGCUCGCUCCCUUCCCAGAAAGGGCUGAAUCAGCACCGAACGCCCUGCCGUGCGCCAGCUCCCUCACCCAAUCGCACGCUGGAAGCGACAGGGACCUCUCAAGGUCAGGGACCAGCCGUAUCUGUGCAGGGAGCCCCAGCAGAUCGCCCUGUCCUCCGCAGCAGCCCCUGGGGGAGGGGGCCACCCUCCGCUCCAGACUGGGGCCGUGCCCACCCCAGCCGUCCUCCCGGGUGGGGCUGUGUCCUCCUCCCACCAUGCAGCUGGCUGCCCCCCCCCUGCCCCGGGAGGGGGGUGCAGGGAUGGGGAACGACACGGGGGACUGACUACCCCUCGAGGUGCGACCUCCUCAGGGGCUGCCAGAAGUGCAGAGAGAGCAUGAGGUGCCCGGUCGGCUGCCCCGGGGUCUGCACGGCACCCAGACUUUCUCAAAUAAGCAUCUGGUUUCCAGAAGCUCCCAAGUCACUGCCCCUCCUGGCCGCCAUCCCCUCUGACAGCCCCUCACACCAGCCACGGAGGAGUCAGGCCCUGGGAGUCCCUCAGCAAAGGGACAGACUGGACAGCGAGCCUGAGUGCACAGGAGUGUCCAGAGGCUUCUCCUCCUGUGUCCCGGCACCUGGCUCUGGCCCGCAGGGACCCGGCACCCACGCCUUUGUUCAAGGAAAGUGCUUCUCCGGUUCCUCCUCGCCCCGCCCCCGCCCUGUGCCUCCCUUUGCUUCUGUCCUCACCCUGGCCUCCCUGCGACCUUGCCAACUGGACCAUCCUCCUGUCUGGCUUCCCUCUCCCCCACACACACUGCCUCCGGGCCAAGUCCCAGCCCCACCCCCCCCCUCCCCCCAGCUCUCUGGCAGGCCAGGUUCCCAAAUCAAGGGCCCACUCGCCCCCACCUCCGUCCUGUCCCAUCACCGGGGGCAGCACUGCCACCUGCAGAACCUUCCAGAUGCUCUCUGAGCCCAUCUUCUCCCACCUGGAGUCCCGCAUGAGCACCAGGGGCCCCCCCUGCCCUCCCAGCUCACUGGCUCUGGGGUCUGGUCAGACCAGCUCCGGCUCCUGGCAUUUACCAGCAUCGCCCUGGGACCUGUGCUCAGGCCAGGCUUCGUCUCCACUUGGCCCCGGCACCUGCCUCCUCGUGGCCAGCCUCCAGGCCUGUAGGUCGUUCCUUUCUUCUCGAAGAUGUCGAGCCCACAAUGAGCAGACGCUCUGCUCUGAAGAAGACAUCUCAGCAGGAAGCCUGCUCUCCCCAGAAGCUGCCCUCACGGGUCACCCUCCCCAGCUGAGCCAGCCACCGCCUCACGUGGUGCCCCGGGGCCCGGACCACUCUGAGUGGCAGCUCCUUAACUGAAACCUCACAUCCCACUCCUGCCGUCCACCCGCCCGGGACCCUGCACGUUGUCCUCGAAGAGAGGGGCUGAGGGCAGGGGUGACUUCAGCCCCGAGGUGGGUGGGAGUUGGCGGGAAACCCCUCACUGGACGGCACCUCAAACCCCGAGGGCUCGUGCUCACCGAGCACCAUCACAGCCUGCUUGGUCCGCUACCUGGGAGCCACGGCACCCGGGUCAGGCCUCAGCAUCCCGCGAGGCCGGUGGCACAGCAGCGCCCCCACCAUGCAGGCCUUGGGCGCCUGGGAAGACAGCACCCCCACUGGCCUCAAACCAGGCGAGGCCCCGGGAAGGCCGGGAAGGCCGGCGUCCUGAGGCUCGGCGUGCCGGGGACCACGCCUACAGGUGCACGCCCGGCCCAGCCCCAAGGGCCGCCUGAGGCGGGACAAACGCCACCUCCUGAGCAGCCUCUGCCACUCUCGGGGAUGUUACCAGCUGUGCCAUCGAAAGCUACCCCCCGCAUGACCUGGAUUGUUUUCUUCUGAGAAAACCCUCCGUUCCACAAGAUUCCGGAAGCCGCAGAGAACGGCCUCUCCGUGGCACUUUCUGGCUGCCACGGCAGCUUGGAGGGAUGCCGCCUUCGGCGGUGAGCUGGGAGAAGUCAGACACGGGCGUCCCUGCACAGAAGCCAGGAAACCCUGACAAGCUGAGGGUACUAAGUAAUCAGGCGUCUGUCAUCUUUCCGAGUGUUUUGGUCACUUACGCUUUCUUUUCCGUACUCACCACUCUGAGAUUUGAGACUCGCACGCUCUGCGGGCUGGGCCGGUCGGGCGCCCCAUGUGCUUUUGGUUAAACAAGAACCACGACUUGAGUUUUCAGCCAGGGUUUUCUCCGCACACACGUAUCUUCCCCUGAAGUGGAACUCACGCUGUGCUCACUUCUGUGACCUGUUUCCACUCACCGCACGGGCGUCCCCUCGCCCUGUAAGGACCCUUCACGCCCGUCUGCUGGUGGAAGUCGGCCCUCGUGGACCCGGCCAGGGCCCCCCACCAGCGCUGCCACUGUCCCUGCCAUCCUGACCGAGUCCCCAGGACUCCGAGGUCAAGGUGGGCCCGCCAAAGCCCACCACGUCUGUUCCUCCCCUGGCAUCACAGAUGACUGCUUUAACACGCUCCCAGUGUUACUCGUGACAGACGCCAUCUGCGACGUUUUCGGUUGGUUACAUCCUUAAAAAAUAAAAUAAGAUUUUGCGCUUUAAACAAUGACUCCGUCAACAUGUUAAAAAAAUAAGUUUAAUGCAGGUGGCUCAUUUCAAUAAAGAAUUUGACAGGCACUCGA